AAACAAUAAAUCAUUUUUUUCAGCCUAACGGCCCCUAUUUAAUAUUGGCGUAUCGCUUCUUUUUAAGUUUUUAACGGUAGGGUUUUAUCUCGUCUGUCAAAACAGUAGGGAUUAUCAACCCUUUCUCCGAGGCUCUUCCACCGCAUGCGAAGAUUCAUUACCAGGAGCAUCGCUGCUUCUUAUCCGGCCCUGGAGGCGGCAAAUUAAAUUCUUUCCAAACAUCAGCACUAAGUCGCCUCUUUGAGAUUGCUGAUGCGUUAGACAUUUCUACUUCUACAACAUCAUCAUCAGUGUUUGGUUCCUUCAACAAGAAGGCUUCUUGAGGACCCGAAAUGAGUAAAUUGGCUUAAUUCACAAGUAUGGAUAUUAUCAGUUAUCUGCCUCAAAGCAUUAUUGAUUUGAUUCUAACAAAAUUGCCGAUAAAGGAUGCUGUAAGAACCAGCAUUUUGUCUAGCAAGUGGAGGUAUCAAUGGACAACCAUGACAGAACUUGUAUUUGAUGAAAAAUGUUUUUGUCUUUGCGAUGACAAAAAAGUUGCCGAGAAAGAAUCCGUAGACUUUAUGAUGAGAUUUCUUAUGCUUCAUAAAGGCCCUAUUCAAAAGUUCAAACUUAUUCAAAAGUUCGAACUUACUACAUCGUACUUGAGAAAGUCUACCAACAUUGAUCAAUGGCUACGUCUCAUAUCAAGGGCAGAUAUAAAAGAGGUAGUUCUUGAUGUAUACGGAAAGGGACGGAAGUGGAAUUACCCAAGGUUUUCUAUGCCACAGAGUAUAUUUACUUUCCGAAAACUGACCAGAUUGACGCUUUCUGGAUUCACAGUCGAGCCUCCUUUUGGAUUUCAGGGAUUUCCAUGUUUAAAUUACCUUGAGCUAGAUGGUGUUACGAUUAGUCGUGAGGAUAUUGAAAACUUUAUUUCAGGUUGCCCUCUUCUUGAAAAGUUUAAAUUUAGUAAUAUUAUGGAUAAGCUAGCUUUGACUAUCCGUGCCCCAAAUUUGAAGCAUCUUACUGUGGGUGGAAAUUUUGAAGACUUAUAUCUUGAGCAUAUGCCCCUUGUGACUGCUAUCAGCAUACACUUCUAUCCAUGGGUUUGGAGAGGUGAUAUCCUUAGGAAGGUUCCAGUUACAUAUGAUUAUCUAAAGUCCAUUGAAAUUAGAAAACUGGAUUUUAAAGACUUGGCUAAAGUGUUGUAUGUUCUUCAACUGCUUUUGCUGUCCCCUAAUCUACAAGAACUUCAAAUCUCAUCUCCUGAUCUUGAAGAACAUUAUUUAUAUUAUUCUGGUGUAGCCAAUCCUGGUCAUUACAAAAAUGCAGAUAUUGACAUUUGGGAGAGGAAAUGUCCUGCUGAUUUCACAUUCAAACAUCUUAAAACAGUAAAGCUGUCAAACAUUUUCACCAAAAAUGCAUUGGAAUUUGUCAGAUUUGUGCUUGGUCGAUCUCCGGUACUUAAAAUGAUUAGCAUUUCACCUAAUUAUGAAGAUGGCGAAGCCAUGAAAAUGGUGAACGAAGUGCUGCGUUUUCGUCGAGCUCCUCAUAAAGUUAACAUACUUGGACGAGGCACCUUAUCUGUAAUAAUCUCAUGAAUUCUCCUUCUUCCUUUGUUCUUUGCUGCUAUAGUUUGUCAGUCGCUGAACUUAUUGCGGACAUGAAAACAAUCAGUUUUUGCAAAAUGUGGAUGGUAGAAAAGAAAAAAACUUUGUUUGGGAUC